AUGACUUUCGAUAAUCAUCUUUUGGACGUCAUCAAUAAGCUCCAAGAUUUGGUCUACAACACCAUUGGCAAUGAUUCAUUGGACUUGCCACAAAUUGCCGUCAUUGGGUCACAAUCCAGUGGUAAAUCAUCGGUUUUGGAAAACGUUGUGGGAAAAGAUUUCUUACCUAGAGGUAUUGGUAUUGUCACCAGAAGACCUUUGAUCUUGCAAUUGGUCAGUAUAUCUGAAGACUCGCCGUUGAUCUAUCAAAAUAACCAUGAUUACGUUGAGACUGCCAAUAAUCCAGAAACCAUGACCUUGGAUGACCACUUGAGAAAGCAAAGUGGUGCUAAGCCUAAUGGCCCUCCUAAUGAAUGGGGUGAAUUCUUACACAUUCCUCACAAAAGAUUCUACAAUUUCCAAGAUAUCAAACGGGAAAUCGAAAACGAAACUUCUAGAAUUGCCGGUAAAAACAAAGGGAUCAGUAAAUUGCCAAUCAAUUUGAAAAUCUAUUCUCCAAACGUUUUGAACUUGACAUUAGUUGACUUGCCAGGUUUGACUAAGGUCCCAAUUGGCGACCAACCAACCGAUAUUGAAGUGCAAAUCAAAAACUUGAUUACCGAAUAUAUUUCCAAGCCAAACUGUAUUAUUUUGGCAGUUUCUCCUGCAAAUGUCGACUUGGCAAACUCUGAAUCAUUGAAACUCGCUAGACAAUUUGAUCCUCAGGGUAAAAGAACCAUUGGUGUCUUGUCCAAAUUAGACUUGAUGGACCAUGGCACAAAUGCCUUUGACAUUUUAUCUGGCAAAGUUUAUCCAUUAAAAUUGGGAUUCGUUGGAGUGGUCAAUAGAUCUCAACAAGAUAUUAUGCAAAAUAAAAGCUUGGACGACUCUCUAAGAUCCGAAAAUGAUUUCUUCACUUCUCAUCCUGUGUACUCGAAGAUUUCUAGUAAAUGUGGUACCCAAUUCUUAUCGAAAACUUUGAACAAUAUCUUGAUGAACCAUAUUCGUGAAAAAUUGCCUGACAUUAAAGCAAAAUUGAACACUUUAAUGGGUCAAACUGAGCAAGAACUUUUAAGUUAUGGGGAUCCUAAACAAUACUCAAUUGCCAACAGAGGUAACUUGAUUUUAAAAUUGAUUAGCAAAUUCGCUAACAAUUUCACUGGCUCCAUUGAAGGUGACAAAAUUGAUAAUAUCAUUUCUACCAAAGAAUUAUGCGGUGGUGCGAGAAUUUACUAUAUCUACCAUAAUAUUUUCAGCAAGAUUUUGCGCUCCAUAGACCCUUGUCUAAACUUGUCCAUGUUAGACAUUAGAAUUGCGAUUAGAAAUUCCACUGGUCCAAGAGCCUCGUUGUUUGUUCCAGAAUUAGCAUUUGAUUCUUUGGUUAAACCCCAGAUCAAAUUAUUACAAGAACCCUCUGUGAAAUGUGUGGAAUUAAUUUAUGAAGAAUUGAUGAAAAUUUGUCACAACAAUUGCUCUUCCAAUGAGUUGAUCAGAUAUCCAAAAUUGCAGGCCAAAUUAAUAGAGUCGGUGUCUGAUUUGCUUAGACAAAGAUUGGGCCCAACAACCCAGUACGUUGAAAGUUUGAUUGAAAUUCACCGCUCUUAUAUCAACACCAAUCACUCAUCAUUUAUUGGUGCCGCCAGUGCCAUGACCCAAGUUUUAGAUGAUAGAAGAGCUAAGGCCCAAGCCAUCGCUAAACAAAAUAUCUUGGAGGCUAAGAAGAGUAGAAAAGUUUCUGGAAGUAGUGAUGUUAUUUCUGAAGAUGGUGAAGCCUCAGAUAAUGAUACUAUUUCUGAUGCUAUUUUGAAUGGCACUAAAAAACACAAUAAAUCUGAAUCUGUUAACGAGAAAAUUGGAAGUAAAAAGGUUUCUAGAAAGGCCAGUAAUAGUGAAUUAUCUAAUGAUCUUGAUUCAUCUAGCAAAGAAUCAUUUUUGAACUUCUUCUUUGGCAAAGACGCUCAAAACAAGAAUGACCCUGUCAACGGUAAUGUCAACGGUAACGCCAAAGGUGUCUCAAAUGGUUUUUCUGCACAAUCUUCUUCUUUUAACACAGGCAUUUUCUCCAACCUUGAUACCUCUGCUGAUUCAAGUAAUACCGCCUUGAACAAUAUUGAUGGUGGUUUGAAUUUCAUCAACAGAUUGCCAGAACAAAUCGAGCAGUUGUCAUUAUCCAACCCACAAAACCAACCUGAGAAUAAUGUCGAUGAACUAACCGAUCGUGAGCAAUUGGAAUGUGAAUUGAUCAAGAAGUUGAUCAUCUCCUAUUUCAAUAUUGUCAGAGAAAUGAUUGAAGAUCAAGUUCCAAAAUCCAUUAUGUGCUUAUUGGUGAAUUACUGUAAAGAUAACGUUGGAAAUAAGUUGGUUGGCGAAUUAUACAAAGAGGAUUUAUUCGAUGAUUUGCUAGAAGAGGACAAGGAAUUGAGAGUUGAAAGAGAAAAAUGCUUCAAGUUGUUGGAAAGUUAUAAGGAAGCCAGCAAGAUCAUCGGAGAAAUUGUGUGA